UUCUCUUUAUACCAAUUUUGCUUCACUUCUUUUUCCAUCAAUGCCUGUUGCAAAUUUACCAGGAAAAUGGACAAGGAAGUGUGGCACAAUCCUCCUCGACGUCAUCACUUUUCUUGUCUUUCUUUUCCUUGACUUUCUUGAUACUGUUCUUUGUGUGGUUUACAAGUUACUUGAUGAGUUCUUUGAAGGUAAAGCCACUCCAUGUUAUUGUGGAAACAAGGGAGAGAAAAAUGGAGAGUGUUGUGGUGAGGAGAAGGAGUUGUCAGAGACUUUGUAUGGGAGGGAAAAUGUGUUCAGAGAAAUGGGGUUUCUUGGUUUUGCAAGGAAAUGGGAAUAUGGAAAGAAAAAAGAUGGUGAUGGUAGCAGAAGAGGGUUGGUGAAUAGGUGGUCUGAUUGUGGAUGUGAGUUCUGUAUUUCUUGGAUGAAGAAUGGUAAUCAGAAGCUUCAUGUUGUUGUGAAAGAGCUUUCACAAGUAAGUGCUGAGGUUCCAAGAGGAGACCCAGCUGAAAAUGUGAUAUUUUUACAUGGGUUCCUUUCCUCUUCCUCAUUUUGGACAGAAACAGUUUUUGAGAAUCUCUCUGGACCUGUAAAGGGUCACUACAGACUUUUUGCUGUAGACCUUUUGGGAUUUGGAAGAAGUCCAAAGCCAAGUGACUGUAUGUAUACUUUGAGUGAUCAUGUGGAAAUGAUUGAGAAAUCUGUAAUCUCACCAUUUCAGUUGAAUUCUUUCCAUUUGGUGGCACAUUCCAUGGGUUGCAUAAUUGCUGUGGCCUUAGCUGCAAAACACUCAAAGUUUGUCAAAUCAGUUACUAUUGUUGCACCUCCCUACUUCCCUUCUGCAAAAGAUGGAACAAGUACUUCAAUGGUGCUUAACACACUUGCUGGAAAAACACUGUGGCCACCAUUAGCAUUUGGUAAAUCUGUUAUGUCAUGGUAUGAGCAUGUGGGUAGAUGUUUUUGCUUCCUGUUUUGCAGGCACCAUAGGAUGUGGGAGAGGAUUCUGAAGCUAUCGACUCGACAAAGGGAACUCAAUUUCAUGACAGUAGACUUGACUAGGCACACCCAUCAUUCUGCUUGGCAUAGCAUGCAUAAUACCAUAUGUGGGGGAGCAAAGUUUAUGGAUGACUAUCUGGAAAUUUUGAAAAGAUCAAGAGUAAAUGUUUGUGUAAUCCAUGGUGAUCAGGACCUGGUUGUCCCAUUGGAGUGCAGCAAUAACAUCAAGAUAAAGUUCCCAGAAGUGGAACUUAAUAUUAUUCAAAAUGCUGAUCAUCGUACUGUAAUCUUCCACAGAAAGAAGGAUUUUGCUAAGAGUUUAGAACAUAUAUGGACAUCAUCCCAGAUGCAAGCAGGACAAAACAGAAUGAUUUAGAAGCUGAUAGAACAGGAAACCACUGUCCUUGUGUGAUUAUUAUUUGCCUUAAGACCAAUCCGAUUUAAUUAUAUUGAAACACAGAGCUGCAUUCAAGCUACUUGUAUUACUACGGAUAUUCUCAUAAAUUCAUCCGAAUUUACUCUGAUUUUUGCAUUAUACUAUAUAACAAAUCCCAAUCCAUGAACACUAUUCACACACUACAUUU